UUUUUUCAAAAAAUUCUUUGCAUUGUCCGUGUUUCUGUUUAAGGCAAAUGCACUUCCAUGGAGGAUGGAUCGUGCGAUUUCAAUGAUUGCAUGAUGAACCGCAGAGCAUAUGCUUACUCAAACAGACAAUAACGGGAAAAAUUCGUGCGUCAUUGCUUCCACAUACGAAGGUUGUAUUUUUUUUACAUACAUUGAAUUGAAUACGUAGAGAAAUUCUGUACUGUUUUUCGCCGGAUCUACUUUAAUUUUAAUUUCAUACUUUUUAUCACCAUAACGUUUGAGAGGCAGGGACAAUAAAGGAACGAAGUAGGAUCAGACGUGGAGAAUAUGUGCAGGAAAAAAAGCUUUUUUUUCUCAUCAGGGAGUGAUUGAAGAGCACAGUCCGUAGCGUUUUUUUUUUUUUUUUUUUUUUUUUUUUUAACAUUUUUCUGACAUAAAAAAUUGUAGACCAAUAGGUUUACAAGUGGAAAAAUGUUCAACCUUGUGUCAUGAGUCUGCAUAUUCCAUUUAUACAUAUGUAUUUUAGCAGAUUCGGCCAUUGUGACGUAAUGCGUGAAUUUUCCAGCAUGAUGCCAAUGCCUGUAACCCUCUUCUUCGAUAACAUAUUCACAGGGGCAUGGAGGGCCAACGGAAUGCGGGGUCACAGACUUGAGGAGCCAUUCAUAAAAUCGCAAAGCACAUUUUCGGCGUGGGAACGUAUGGCAAUCAUGUCCCACUCGUGGAAAUGUUUUAUCUAAUCUGUAAAAACUUGGCUCAUUUAAAAAGUGGAUGAUGAGUAUUGGCUCCUCUUUAACUUUAUAUUGUUGAGAUAAUUAUUUUCCGUCUUUAAAAUGUACAGAUUUUGUAAGCUACAUACACAAGCUCCUCAAUUAUAGCUGAUUAGCUACCAUUCGUGCGUCUAUGAGUCUUGUGCAAUUCAUCUUUUGUCUUUACUAGGUCACAUUACAUGUUUGUUACCUUCGUCAAAAUAAACUUACAACCUACUUAGAAAAGGAAAUCUUGUGCUGAUGUGCGUGUGACAUAACGAAAGUUUUGCUGUAAUCAAUAACAAGUUAUUAUUAUAUAAUGAAUCCUUCGUCCAUCCAGAUAUGAGGGUUGGUGACGAAGACUUUUCGAGCGUGUAUUUUUUGCCGAAUUUUCCGGAAAACUCUGCUCAUUUGUGCAAUUUAGGACAGAUUUGCUGAUUCUCGAGAUACUGCGAGGAGAAAAAAUGCCCUUUGCUGUGGUAUCUAGUGAUGGGGUGAUGCGAUCAACCCUACCGGACGUCACGGUUCCAGAACAGGAUCUCUCCACGUUCGUCUGGAGCAAAGCAGCAAAUUACGCAGAACAACAAGCUCUGACAUGUGGCGAAACGGGAAGAAGUUAUAGCUACACCGAGGCACGCUCCCUGAGCCAUCGUUUUGGUGCAUCCCUCUUGAGGAGGGGGUUUGGGCCUGGGGAUGUGCUAGUCAUCUUUCUCCCAAACUCUAUCGAGUACCCGCUCAUUCUUCUUGGAGCUCUCGAGGCUGGACUCUUGGUCACCAUGAUCGAUGCAUCAUAUAAGAAAAAUGAAGUACUGCAGCAAGUUCAAACGGCGGAUGCGAAAGUCAUUGUGACAGUAACAUCACUGAUACCAAUGAUCAAUGAGGUGCUUAAAGACCUAUCAUCAUCUUUGUGCGUCAUUGUCGUCGACGCGGAUAACGGAAGACCAGGGUUGAGCGCCACUUGGACCACCUGGUCCGAAAUGGUGGACAGCAGCGAGAUCCAGCAGAAAUGGCCGAAAGUGUCACCCGAGGCUAUUGCAUUUCUUCCUUGCUCCAGUGGUACCACGAGCGAGCGGAAAAUGGUUGCACGGACGCAUAAAGCUACUGUUGCAGGUGUAGCUAUGACUCCUCUUCUGGAACAUGACGUUAACGUGGUGAUAUCAACCCUCUUAUGUCAUGCAGCUGCUCAAUCAUUUACUUUGCUUGGAUUAACUUCAGGCGCGAACUGUCUGAUCCUACCCUCACGAGAUCCGCACAAGUUAAUUGAAGUUUUAACCAUUUUGGAGCCAUUGAGUGUAAUAUGGCUAUGCCCUUCCCCCUAUUUUUCCGAUUUGAAUCCACUCGUUAAGACUGACGACCUGAAGUCACUGCACUCUAUUGUAUGCGUUGGGUGUUCAUUUGCACCAGCCGCCGUCGAAGAAUUUUUGGAUAAAAUGCCAGAUCGAGAUGCAAUCACUUUCACAUGUGGAUUCGCCAUGACUGAAGCAUUUCCUAUAAUUAUACCACAAAAAAACAACCUGGAUCCGACGGUCCUCGGCUAUCCGGCACCGAAUACCGAGCUAAAAGUUGUUGGUGCGGAUGGUAAAAACCUCGGUCCAGGACAAGCAGGGGAGUUGUAUAUUCGAGGACCUCAGGUAAUGAAAUGCUACUACAACAACGAAGAAGCGACCACAGAAGCUUUUGAUGGUGAAUGGUUCAAAUCUGGAGACAUAGUUUACUACGACGAAACCGGCAUGUUUCAUCUGGUCGGACGAUCCAAAGAACUAAUCAAAUGUAACGGGAGAUCGGUUUCUCCGCUAGAUUUGGAGAUAGCACUGACAAGCCAUCCGACGGUGAAAGAAGCUGGUGUUAUAGGGGUGCUCGACGACAUCACAGUAGAGAAAACAAUCGCGUUUGUAGUACCGAAAUCAGGAAUGGAGAUCGACAUUGAAGAACUCAAGCGAUUCGUCUCAUCAGAAGUUGCGCCGCACAAAACUUUGCGUCAAAUUAUAGUAAUAGAGGCACUGCCCAGAAAUUCAGCUGGGAAGGUAAUGAAGAGAGUUUUAAAAGAGCGCUGCAACCUCAUGCUUGCGGAAGAAAGAAUUUCCGCGCGCCAAUCCUAUCGCUAAUCAUGACCGGGGUGUUGAUUGGCUGCGCCUGAUGCGAAGGUAUUUAUGCCCCAAUGAGAGGAAAUUCGGGAGAGCUUUCCCCAGGAUAAGAGGGUAAAGGUGAAAAAUUUUUGAGUUUUGAAUCUCCUAUCAAUUGACCGGAUAAAUCUUGUGGUGAUAAACAGUGACCUGAUCAUAACAUAUAAACCAUUAAUUGGUGAUUACGAAACAUGCAGCCAGUGAUCAGAGAGAAAAUUCAAUGGGCAUGAUAUGCUUAAAUACCUCAUUCAGCAAAAUGAAAGCAAUACCCCGAGAAAAAAAUUGUCUGGAGGAAUUUUUCCCAUAAAAAAUUACCAUACUCUAGUUAAAGUAUACCACUCAGAACAGUCAAGUUUCAAAAUUGAAGCUAAUUUUGCUUCAUAAAACCAUAAUCUUUCAUUAAGACACAAAAUCAAUGAGAAUUUCACACUUCAAAUUCGUUUUUCUCAGGGUCGGAAAGAAUGCACCCUCGUUGACUUUCGAUUUCAAUAGUUUGAUACAACUGUCUGUUCAUAAAUUUCGCGUAGUUCUGAAAUUUAGCUCUUUUUUCUUUAAACCGUCUUUCAAAAAAAAUCAAAUUUUCAUCGAAAGAUAGCUCAAAAUUCACAAUUUUAUCGUACAAUUUUGAGACAUUUUUCGGGGGAGAAACCUCCGGACCCCCACAUAACUGAAUGGUAUUCCAUAUC